AUGUCCGAGAUCAAGACCUUCAAUCUAGGUGACUUCCCCCUCCAGCAGGGCGGCAAGAUACCCAACGCCUUCAUCGCCUACAAGACCUUCGGCGACCCGUUGAACCCCGCCAUCAUCUACCCCACGUGGUACAGUGGCGCCAUCGCCGACAAUGAGUGGCUCGUCGGCGAUGACAUGGCAUUGAGCCCGAACAAGUACUUCAUUGUCAUUCCCGCACUCUUCGGAAAUGGGCAGUCCAGCAGCCCAACUAAUACACCUGACCUGAAGCCGUUUCCUGGUGUCACAUUUUAUGACAACGUGAAGGCUCAAUAUCGCCUUGUGACUGAGGGGCUUGGGGUGAAGCAUGCGAAGUGUGUUUUGGGAUGGAGUAUGGGUGCCGGGCAGACAUAUCAGUGGAUCACGCAAUACCCCGACUUCAUCGACCUCGCUGUUCCCUUCUGUGGGAGCGCGAAGACGAGUCUGCACAACCAGACAAUGCUAGAAGGGGUCAAAGUUGGCCUUCUUGCCGCGAAGAGCGCAGCCUCGGGAGGCGUGGCGAUGGGAGAAGUGACCCUGGAUUCAGACUAUCGUGGGUGGACUAAGGAGCAGGAGAUCACGGGUCUGAAGGCACUUGGUCGAGUGUACGCCGGAUGGGGUUUUAGCCAGGCUUUCUACCGCGAGAAGCUUCAUGAAAAGUACCUUGGGUACAAAGGGCUUGAAGACUUUCUGGUCAAUUUCUGGGAGAAGUGGGCCACGUCGAAAGAUCCAGAGAACAUGCUCGUCAUGCUCCAGACUUGGCAGGCAGGAGACUGCUCAGACCAAGAGCCGUACAAUAAGGCAGAUUUUGAGCUGGCCUUGAAGAGCAUCAAAGCGAGAACCCUAGUGCUUCCUUCAAAAACUGACCUUUAUUUUCCACCCGAGGAUUCGGAAUACGAAGUACAGAACAUGUCACAGGGAAUUGGGAAGUGUAUAGCGUUUCCCUCCAUCUGGGGACACUGGGCUGGAGGGCCUGGAGAUUGUAAGGAGGAUGUCAAAUGGCUUGAUGACAAACUCAAGGCUUUCUUUGAGGAUGGGAGUUGGUAG